AUGGCGUCUGAAUCAGCCAAAGACUGGGUGAUGGACCUUCCCUACGCUGUCGGCGAGUUGAAACCGUCUGUGCCCGACAUGUGUUGUCCGCUCCUCCGCGACACGGCUGGCUGCGACUGCUUGAAUCCGCCGCCGGUGAUUCCUUCGUACAUCACCCGUGCUUUAGACUUCAUGAUCGAUGUGAUUGCGAGUGGUCAGGGUCUGAUUUCAAGUAUGAAGCGAGUGGACUGCGCCGCUAAUCACAGCAAGGUCGACGACAGCACCAACCAAAAGUUGGAUGACCUCAACACUUUGUACCAACAGGUGAUUCAAAGACAUCCGAUUCUGUUGUACGACCUGAGUCGGAGGCGCGUGUCUUAUAAAGCGUCCAUGGACGUCAACGUUGUCCGAGCGCGCAACGCUGGACGCACAUUUUUGGCAUCCUGGAGCCCAGAAAGAGGGCUUUUAGUGGCGUCAGGCCGAGAGGUGACAGCUCCAAGGAAGUUGCUUCGAGUUGGAAUGAUAGAGGCUGAGCCAUGGUCUACGUUGAAGAACAGAAAAUGGGAAGGAUAUUUCCCCAUCCUACUGGAAGAACUCGGACGGAUCAUGGACUUUGAUGCCGACAUCGUUCCCUUAACAGCAUUGGGCGAACGAUCAAACACAAGCACGUGGACUGGAGGCAUCGGUCUUCUGGCCAAAGGAGACCUUGACUUGAUUUGCGCUCCGCUGACGAUGACCGCCGAGCGAGACGAGGUAAUCGACUUCAUCACCCCAUACGUCGAGCAGACCGGAUUGAGCAUUGUUUUGAAGCAGCCCGUAGCGGAAACGUCCCUGUUCAAAUUCAUGACGGUGCUGAAAACGGAGGUUUGGAUCGCGCUGGUUGUGUCCGUUACCAUUACCAGCCUUUUGAUGUACAUUUUGGAGAGGUUUUCUCCAUACAGCUACACGCGCAGUCCGGAAAGAUACCCUUACGAAUGCCGAACUUUCGACCUGAAGGAAUGUUUCUGGUUCACGCUAACAUCAUUUACACCCCAAGGAGGGGGAGAACCACCAAAGAACUUAUCCGCGCGAAUACUUGUGGCUGCAUAUUGGUUUUUUGUGGUGCUGAUGCUGGCUACAUUCACGGCGAAUCUCGCGGCGUUUCUCACCGUGGAGAAAAUGCAGGUGCCAAUUUCGUCGAUGGAGCAGCUGUCUCGGCAGUCGAAAAUCCUCUAUGGGGCGAUGACAGGCGGAAUUGCCAGCGACUUUUUCAACAACAUGUACGCGGCUGAGAAGACACUUUACAAACAAUGGACCGCAGUCGUUAUGAACAAUGAUGACGCAACUUUUCGAGUUUGGAAUUAUCCGAUUCGGGAGCAAUACUCAAUUAUUUACUCCAGAACUCUCAACACGUCGGAAAAUAUGGUCAAAACUCUCCGUGAAGGAUUAGAUAAAGUUGUAUCAUCCGACGGAAACUACGCUUUUAUCCACGACGCGCUCGUUUUGCGAUACGAGGUGCUGCGGAACUGCUCGCUUGUCGAGGUCGGAGAAAUGUUUGCCGAGCAGCCGUACGCGCUCGGCGUGCCAACAGGAAGCCCUCUUUCGCGAGAUUUUAGCAGAGCGAUUUUGCAAAUGCAGAGAGACCGUUUUUUCGACGAUAUUUCAGCCAAGACGUGGAACAAAUCAAAGAGGGCCCAGUGCAACCUCGGCCAACGCACUGACUCGGGAAUCACGCUUGAAAGCAUAGGGGGUGUUUUCAUCGCCAUGCUGGCGGGUCUCGGGCUGGCAGUGGUGACGCUGGUGGCGGAGGUGUUGUAUCACAGGCGGAAAGUGGAGCCCAUCAAGCCACGUCUGCAGAUGCCCAAGUACGACGACAGGAAUAAGCAGUUAGCCGGAAAGAAAGAGCCACUCAAGAAGCAACCGACGGCGUCGAUCCUAAAGAAGGUGCCGUCCGAGCGCAACGUAGCGAAGAAAAAGGUCACCCUUGGCGACAAAAAGGGCUUCGAGUCGCAGACGGGCGUGCCCAAAGUUUCCUACAUAACUGUUUACCCGAGACAGUAGACGAGGUGAACGAGAGAUAUGUGCAGCAAAAAGUUCCUAGCAUUUUGGCGUAGUCGUCAUUAUUAUUUGUGUUUGUGAAUAACAAAAAUAAAUA